GGUCCACCAACCCGGGCGGGUGUGCUUUGCCGUCCACGGCACUCGAGUUACCAACGAUACGCCGAUGAGAUCAGCAUUCUGCGGGGAAGCUUGGCAGCUUGGCCAAAAUCUGGGGUUGCAUGGCGCUACGGGCAUCAGUCGUGGGUCUUACAAGAUGGGGAACCAUUCAACGGUAUCCGGAACCGUUGCCAACGACUCGAAUACUGCUCCUCGAGGCCCAGCUUUGUCUCGGCAACCCAUCGUUGUGCCAGAGGGGUUAUAUUGCCUCACUAAGUGUAGGACGAUGGCGGCGUAUAGGAGAACGAUACCUAACUUCCCUCUUUGUCGCCGGGCAGACCAUGCAAGCUGCGAACGGGUACCGCCGGGUUGAGCCAUGUACCGGCAGUGUACCCGUCUCGGUCAGUAAAGAUAGGGCAAGCCUGCCUCGGGUGCUUAGUCCUGUACAUACACACCUUAAGCUGCCUUGCUUACCUUUACUCCACAUCUCGAUGCUCCCCCUUACUCCAGGCCCCGCCGCUUGGUACACCCGGCAGCUGGAUCGAGCCAUGCCAACGGGUAUUAUGCCCGGUUAUUUGUUUCAGUCUGGUGGAUGCAUAUGGGUUCAAGUGAGCCCAUCAUAGCUCGUUCACUUGGUAAGUAGUCACGUAAUCACUGGCUUGCAAACCAGCAUGGUGCCAUAUAAAUGGGCGAAGCACUGCUUGGUACAUCCGAUCCCGUUGUAGCCUGUGUUCGCCUCAGU